AUGGCGAUCAAAUCCUCCGUCCUUGCCUCUUUGGCUCUAUUUGGUUCGACUCUGGCACAGAGUGUUGAUGGCUCUCAGUACAACAACCCAACUGCCGGUCCUCCUGCUAGUUAUUUCGCAGCUGCUUCUACCGUCCCCGUUGCGGCGUUGCAGAGCGCUGCUGCAAAGGCGAGCACUGCGGCCAAGGAUGCAACCUACCCUAUCAACGGGGACAGCGGAGCUCCCAAGUCUACUAUCCACAGUGACUGGACCAACUUCAGCGAGGGUGCUGCUUUCGUUUGGGUUGCAGACAUGGAUGUAGACUGCGAUGGCCUUGACUACAAGUGCAAGGGAAACCCAGAUGGCCAGCCUGACACCAACUUUGGUGCUCUAGCAGCUUACGAAGUGCCCUUCUUCGUGAUCCCCGACAAGUUCGGCACGACUUAUCAGAAUGUCCUUCCCGGAAAUAACGUCGGUGCAGUUAUUUGCAACGGCAAGAUGUUCUACGGUAUCUACGGCGAUUCCGACGGUGACACGCCCCAAGUCAUCGGCGAAGCUUCAUGGCUCAUGGCUCGCACCUGCUUCCCGAACGAUGACCUAAAUGGCAACAGCGGCCACGGUGCCGUCGAUGUCACUUACAUUCUCUUCACCGGCGACGACGCCGUCCUCCCCAGCAGCGCCCUUAACAAAAACUACGUCACCAACUUCAGCACCCUCCGCUCAAUGGGUGACAAGCUGAUCACCGUUCUGGCAAAGAACCUUAACCUCGUCUCCGGAGGAAACCCGUCUACUACUUUGACCACCAAGGUGUCUACCACUACUAGCACCGGCACAGGCUCGACCAGCACUUCGUGCUCGUGGGCUGGUCACUGUAUUGGUGCUUCUUGCUCUUCGGAUGAUGAUUGCUCGGAUGAGUUGGUCUGCAGCAGUGGCAAGUGUGCCAGUGCUUGA